AUGGACUCCCUGGGAUACAACUGCUUUGUGGACCAAGAAAAGAUGGAGGCAGCCAUUCAGGACCUGGGCCCCAAGGAGCUGAGCUGCACAGAGCUGCAGGAGCUGAAGCAGCUGGCGCGCCAGGGCUACUGGGCGCACAGCCACACGCUGCGCGCCAAGGUGUACCAGCGCCUGAUCCGCGACAUCCCCUGCCGCACCGUCACGCCCGACGCCAGCGUCUACAGUGACAUCGUGGGCAAGAUAGUGGGUAAGCACAGCAGCAGCAGCAGCCUGCCCCUCCCCGAGUUCGUGGACAACACGCAGGUGCCCAGCUACUGCCUGAACGCGCGGGGCGAGGGCGCCGUGCGCAAGAUCCUGCUGUGCAUCGCCAACCAGUUCCCCGACAUCUCCUUCUGCCCCGCGCUGCCCUCCAUGGUGGCGCUGCUGCUGCACUACAGCCUGGACGAGGCCGAGUGCUUCGAGAAGGCCUGCCGCAUCCUGGCCUGCAACGACCCCAGCCGGAAGCUCAUCGACCAAAGCUUCCUGGCCUUCGAGUCGUCGUGCAUGACCUUCGGGGACCUGGUGAACAAGUACUGCCAGGCGGCCCACAAGCUGAUGGUGGCCGUCUCUGAAGACGUGCUGCAGGUGUACGCCGACUGGCAGCGCUGGCUCUUUGGCGAGCUGCCGCUCAGCCACUUUGCGCGCGUCUUCGACGUUUUCCUGGUGGAGGGCUACAAGGUGCUGUACCGGGUGGCCCUGGCCAUCCUCAAGUUCUUCCACAAGGUCAGGGCUGGACAGCCCCCCGAAUCCGACAAUGUGCGGCAGGACAUCCGCUCCUUCGUCAAGGACAUCGCCAAGACAGUAUCGCCCGAGAAGCUGCUGGAGAAGGCGUUUGCCAUCCGGCUCUUUUCGCGGAAGGAGAUCCAGCUCCUGCAGAUGGCCAACGAGAAGGUGCUCAAGCAGAAGGGUAUCACCGUCAAGCAAAAGAGUGUCUCGCUUUCUAAAAGGCAGUUCGUGCAUCUGGCUGUCCAUGCGGAGAACUUCCACUCGGAAAUCGUCAGCGUGAAGGAGAUGAGGGACAUCUGGUCGUGGGUCCCCGAGCGCUUCGCCCUGUGCCAGCCCCUCCUGCUCUUCUCUUCACUGCAGCAUGGCUACAGCUUGACCAGGUUCUACUUCCAGUGCGAGGGCCACGAGCCCACCCUCCUGCUCAUCAAAACCACGCAGGAGGAGGUCUGCGGAGCAUACCUGUCCACAGACUGGAGCGAGAGGAACAAGUUCGGGGGCAAGUUGGGCUUCUUUGGGACCGGAGAGUGUUUUGUAUUUCGGCUGCAGCCUGAGGUCCAGCGCUAUGAGUGGGUGGUCAUCAAGCAUCCAGAGCUAACCAAGGCCCAGUCCCUGCUGUCCCCGGAGUCCACCGCCACUCCCACCCCAGCCGGCCACUCAGUCUCCACCAACCCUGCUGACCGCCUCUCACCGUUCUUGGCCACGCGGCACUUCAACUUGCCCUCCAAGACAGAGUCCAUGUUCAUGGCAGGGGGCAAUGACUGCCUUAUUGUGGGUGGUGGGGGUGGCCAGGCACUCUUCAUCGAUGGAGACCUGAACCAUGGCCGAACGGGGCACUGUGACACCUUUAACAACCAGGCGCUCUGUUCUGAGAACUUCCUCAUUGCUGCCAUCGAGGUCUGGGGCUUCCAAGACCCUGACACCCAGAACCUGGGCCAGUGA